CAAAUCGAAAACCCCACCUCCACCUCCACCUCCACCGAUCCACCAUCCCACCUCCGGUGUACGGUCCUCGACAACUCCACCUCCAGGCUCCAGUUCCACGACGCUAGCGUUGUUGUUGUUCUCUACUUCUCUUCACUUUGAUUCUUCUGCAACUUCCGAAGAAACAAUCGACAUUGAAAUAGAAUUUGGCUUACCUUAGCUUCCUUUCCCGACUUCAAUUUUUAUGACUAUGGCUAGUUCGAACACUCCUAUACCAGUGGACGAUGGGUUUAAUGAGUACGAAAGUGCUGUCAAACGUCAAAAGUCUACCACUUCAAAGGUGUGGGAUGAAAUGACAAAGCUUGACUACGAGAACAAAAAUGAAUUGAAGGCACAAUGUAAUCAUUCUUCCGAAUCGGCUUUUAGCAUGGGUAAGAAAGUUAUCACACCUUUGAGGAGUUCACUUAAGCCAAAAACGGUUCAAGCCGUUGUUUGCUUGGAUGAUUGGAUGCGAGCUAAGGGAUUUUCAGCGGAAAUUGGUUGCAAAAAGGACGAUGAGGACGAUGAGGAUGAUGAUGUUUCUUCGGUAGCUUUUUAAGAUGCUUUCCUUCUAAAUAUGUUGAUGGACAAUUUAUAUUUUGUUAUGAAAUUAAAUAUGUUGAUGGACAAUUUAUAUUUUGUUAUGAAAUUAAAUAUGUU